GUAUAAAUAUCAGCACGAAUUUACUUCAUAGAGAGAGAAAAUCAGUAGAUAGAUCGAUUAGUGAGUAGAGAGACUAGAGAAACAAAAAUCCCAAAAUAAAAAGGAAGAUCGAUAAAAGGGAAAAGCAAAAGUGAACAAGGCAUUAAAAGCAGCUGCUGUUUUUGGCUGGUUGAUGGUGGAUUAUCAACUGCAACUUCUCAGGGGCAAAUUCGUCAUUCCAAACACUCAUCCCAUGCUCUCCGGCGGCGCCGCCGCGCUAGGAUCCAUCGGCACCAGCAUCGGCCAGAUCAGCAGGGCGGUCUUCGUUGGAGGUGGCGGAUCCUGGAAGGACGCGGCGGCGGACGGCGGCUUGACCCUCGCCGUCACGGCGCUUGCUGGCCUCGCGUUAGCCGCCGCGGUGUUCUACUCCUCUAGGUAAAAUAAACUAAAAAAAAAAUAAUAAUAGAGGCGGCCGCCGGCUGAUUACAUACGGAAAAUUGUAUGAUUCAGUUGUUGUGAUUUGUAAAACCUAGGGAGUAAUUUAUUUUAGUAUAAAAAAGGGCAAAAAAAGGUAGUUCCAUAGAUGAAAGCUCUUAAACGAAGUCAGACUUCGUCAUCGUCCAAAUCCUCGCCACCGUCGUCUUCCUCAAAUACGCCGUCGUCGUCCUCCCCACCUUCUUCCUCGUGGAUCCAUUUGAGAUCGGUUCUGUUCAUUGUAGCCUCCUCCAACAACUCACCAGAUAUUUCUCCCUCUAGUAGCCGAGGCCGUCUUAAAUCCCCAUGGUUUCGAAGGAAAAGAAAACACAUACUCUCACCUGAUCAGUGGAGAAAUUACUUCACUCCCGAAGGGAAACUCCGUGACAAUGGAGUUAAAUUUCUGAAAAAAGUUCGCAGUGGAGUGAGUUUAUAUGACCUGACAAGUUGCAAAGAAGAAAGAGAUGUCACAAGAACCAAGAAUAGAAAAGAAUAUGAGAAACUGCGGAGACAGUGCAGCCGGCUACUUAAGCGCAACAGCAGCAGCAAACAUUCUGAGUCGAAUGAAAGUGGCGAAACAAUCAGUCCCGGCACAGAUUCUCCCGCCUCAGAAGAUGUCGAGAGUGCCCGACAAUCUCUCUCCAGUGAAGAAUCAUCUUUCCAAAACAACAACAUUAUUGACGAAAACGACCCUCCUUCCAGCUCAAUAACAGACUCUCAUGUCUGCUCCAGACGGAUUAUUAGCGAUGCAAACUCCGCCUCCAAUUCCGAAUCCGAUUCCACAGACUCCGACUCAUCCGACGAACACGAAACCAGUCAAACUUUCAGUUUGACCGAAAACGCAGACCACCACGAAGACGAGUCCUCAGAAACAAACUCUCGUCCCCCGCUCUGCAGCCAGGAAGAUUUCGCCACAUGGCAGCGCAUCAUUCGUCUGGACGCCAUCCGAGCAAAUGACGAGUGGAUAUCCUACAAACCCCCACAGGCAAUCAUUUCCGAUUCAAAGGCCCGUCGAGCGGCCGAGGCCGUAGGCCUGAGAGACUACGAACACCUCAGCCCUGCACGAAUCUUUCACGCGGCUCGUCUAGUCGCAAUUCUCGAAGCUUACGCUUUAUACGACUCGGAAAUCGGCUACUGUCAGGGAAUGAGCGAUUUACUAUCCCCAAUCAUAUCUGUUGUGACGGAGGACCACGAGGCCUUCUGGUGCUUCGUGGGCUUCAUGAAGAAGGCCCGUCACAAUUUCAGGCUCGACGAGGUCGGGAUCCGAAGGCAGCUGAGCACGGUCUCGAAAAUCAUUAAAUACAAAGACUCGCACCUCUACAGGCACUUGGAGAAACUCGAGGCUGAGGACUGCUUUUUCGUGUAUAGAAUGGUGGUCGUGCUUUUCAGGAGGGAGCUGACAUUCGAGCAGACGCUUUGCCUUUGGGAGGUGAUGUGGGCCGACCAGGCGGCUAUAAGGGCUGGGAUAGGGAAAUCGGCGUGGAGCAGGAUAAGGCAGAGGGCCCCGCCCACGGACGAUCUCCUACUCUACGCGAUUGCGGCCUCGGUUUUGCAGAGGAGGAAGCAGAUAAUCGAGAGUUAUAGCAGCAUGGACGAGAUUUUGAGGGAGUGCAAUGCGAUGGCGGGACAUCUCGACGUGUGGAAGCUGCUCGAUGACGCUCACGACUUGGUGGUGACACUACACGAGAAAAUCGGGACUUGAAGACUUUUUUUUUGUUGGUGAAAAAAGUUUGGUAAUGGUAAUUUACUAAUUUAUUUAUUAUAAUACCUCUUCUGAGAGAUUAUUGCUUCUGGGUUUGUUUGUGGGGCUAUAUGGGGGGAAAGAAAGAGCUUGUUCUGAGGCUGCGAAGAGGCUACUUUUGGAUAUUGGAUGAAACUGAAUUUAUUCUUAUUUAACUUUUGUUGAACCGUGAAUUAAUUCGGGUUUGGGAUUUCGGGCUNAUU